AACAUUUAUGCCUUUCAAAUGUUCAGGAUACUCGCGCUGGAAGUUGUACGCGUUUUUUAAUCGAGCAUAAGAAUUAAUCAGAAUAUAUUCUUUAUCUAAUCCAUAGGAAGGAUUUAGUUGAAAACGAAAUUGAAUACAGGAAGCUCGUUUGGCAAACAGGAUAUGACCGAAUAAGUGGGGCAGUUUUUCAAAUUUGAAGAUCAUUUUUGACAUCGGAUAAUAAAGAAAGCUGACUUUGGUCCAUAUUUCAGCAACCAAAAUGUCUUCAAAGAUCCCCAAAGCUGCACAUCCUACUCUCGAAAUGAAAGAGGGGGGUAAUCUUAAACCUCAAAAGGAGAACGCACAAAGGAAAAAUGCUCCCAAAGUUUUUAAAGGAGCGUCCACUAGAUAUGGGCAGCAGGCAGAGCUGAAGGACCAGAACCAGCUUUUGUUGGUUUCGAAUGAGCAGCUGCAGAACAGUCUCACGGAGUCCCAGCAAAAAGUUACUGAGCUGGGACUGCAGUUCAAAGACCUGGAGAAGGAAAAUGCAGAUAUCCAGAAACGCCUUAAUGACUGUCACGUUCUCCUAGUGGCUGGAAAGAUAGACCCAGUUUCAGGUGAUGCCAUUGCCCAACCUUCUAAAAAUCAGGGAAAAGAAGUGAUGAACAUAUCCAGAGACCUUAUAAAAGAACUCGGGAACUUCACCGAUAUCGGCACAAAGCAACUUGAACAACUAACAGUAUUCCAAACGGCCAUAGCAGAUCUACAUGGAGAAGGAGAACAUGUCAUGCAGGAAAGAGAGGACUUUUCCCUACAGGUUCUGGAAAUGGAAAAAGCCCUUGAAGAAGCUGAGCAACUCUUAAUUGAAUAAAUGUAGUGUACAUGGGGUACUAUUUUGAUUUAUAUAUAUUUUUUCAAAAUACUGUAACGUUCACAGUAGGGGUAGCUUUGAAAAGAAAUCCAAAGGAAGGUUUUAAUUUUCUUAAAAAAACAAUUUUGCUCAAUAAACCAACGCUAUGAUUCA